AUGAUGCAGCAGCUGCAGCCGACGCGGAUGCACUGGGCGAGGGCCGUCCCCUCCGACUUCGGCGGCCAAGCCCCCGCCCCUCGCAGCGGGCACACGGCGGUCGCCAUCGGCGGGUCCAAGGUCGUCGUCUUCGGCGGGUUCGCCGACAAGCGCUUCCUCGCCGACAUCGCCGUCUACGACGUCGAGAACAGGCUAUGGUACACGCCGGAGUGCAGCGGCAGCGGCCCGGACGGGCAGCCAGGCCCCAGCCCGAGGGCCUUCCACGUCGCCGUGGUCAUCGACUGCAACAUGUUUAUCUUCGGCGGCCGCUCCGGGGGCAAGAGGUUAGGUGACUUCUGGAUGCUCGACACUGACAUUUGGCAGUGGUCGGAGAUGACCGGCUUUGGCGAUUUGCCGUCUCCCCGCGAGUUUGCUGCCGCAUCAGCCAUAGGAAACAGAAAAAUUGUCAUGUACGGUGGUUGGGAUGGCAAAAAGUGGCUGUCUGAUGUAUAUGUCAUGGACACAAUGAUUGAGAAGAGGCUGCUUAUAUUUGGAGGCAGAGGUGGAACUGGGCCGAUAAUGGGUGAUCUCUGGGCUUUAAAGGGUAUUACUGAAGAAGAUAAUGAGACACCAGGAUGGACGCAAUUAAAGCUGCCAGGACAAUCUCCCUCUGCACGAUGUGGUCAUUCAGUGACUUCUGGUGGACCUUAUCUCUUGCUAUUUGGUGGACAUGGAACUGGUGGUUGGCUAAGUAGAUAUGAUGUGUACUACAACGAAUGUGUUAUUUUAGACAGGGUCUCUGUUCAAUGGAAGCGCUUACCAACAAGUAAUGAGCCACCCCCUCCUCGGGCAUAUCAUUCUAUGACUUGCAUAGGGCCUCGGUUUCUUUUAUUUGGCGGCUUUGAUGGAAAGAAUACAUUUGGCGAUUUGUGGUGGCUUGUUCCUGAAGAUGAUCCUAUUUCCAAGCGGGACUUGGUUCCUGAUGUUGGUUCAGACAGCAACCAUAGCACUGUGACUGGUGAUGCCCAACAGUCUGCAUUGAAGGAAUCAGAAUCACAAUCUGGGGAAUCUCCGAUGUUGGAGUUGGCCAAACGAUUGGGGAUUCCACUUUCUGUAGAACCUUCAGCAAGUUUUGUUGACGAAAUCAACGAUAAAGAACUAGUGGAAUUAUCAUCCAGGCUCAUUGGUGAAUCACUUCCUACCACCGACCAGCUUGCAUGUAUUCAGGCACUUCGUGAUCAUUGGAGAAGUUCUCCAUCCAGCUCAAUACAGCUCCAGGAGCUAGGCCCUCUGCUGAGGGACUAUCAACGUCUCAUUAUCCGCCGCUUUGUGGAAAACCCAUCCCCGACAUUCCUUGAAAGGGAAGAUCGCCGCCUCUUCCAUUUGAAAAAUGCCUCGCAGUUGCGCAUGGAUGACAUCCCCAUCUUGCUCGGCGAGUAUAGAACUAUGCUUUCCACCGGCGAGAAGGACGACGGCCCAGCCGCCUAG